CUAAAAUAUAAAGCUGUUGAACAAGGUAUUUAUAUAGUUCAUGUAUAUGGGAUAUGCAAAAGGCCUAAGAAUUAUAUAUAGUUGAAUUUGAUUAGAUAUUAAAAAUAAUUUAUUUUAAAUUAAAUUCGAGUUUUAAAUAUAACAUUUGUAAUCUUGUCCCCAGCUCAACCUUGCAUGUCAGCAAUAUCAAAACUGACCUACAAUUAAGGCAAUAAUUAUGGAUAUAUCAUUAGUGGAAAAUAUCAAUCCCUGCAAGAAAAUCAUAUAUAUAGCAAGUAUUUCUGGCAAGACGGAAUCAUAAUCCCUGAUAUGGAUUCGUUUUCUUUAAAUUUGUAUCUACUCAUAAUCUCAUAUUGUACUUGAUUUGUGCAAUAUGCAUGCACUUACCAUUUGUAUUCCAAUGUUCUGAUGGUUCCAAAUGCUCUUGCUUUACUCUUCUUACAAGUAAUGGUAAACUUUUUCAAAUAUGGAUUACAUGCAUUAAAAACUUGAAUUACUUCUAAUACAAUCUUUUUGUUAGUGAUAUUAAUGUAAUAUAAUUACUUUUUCCCAAUAUUGAGCAGCAACAGCUGUAUAUAUGAUAUAUAUAGACAGAGAACCAUUACUUUGUUGAUGAUAUAGCGCAAGAAUAGCGUUGAAAAUUAGUCCCUCGUUUUCCUCUGUUUCUCCAUUAGUAUAAUGAUCCAGCCUCCAUAAGCUUUUUCAAUGAAGGUCCAACAUGAUACUACAGUAAUAUUAUUUUCCAAGAACCCAACAAGAAGAAUCCCACAAACAACUCUAUUGCUCGUUGCCUUCACAAUCAUCUUUACAAUCACCUCUAUUUUCCACCCUUCAUUACAGAAGUCGAUCAUCAGAUUAUCAAGAUCAAUUUCACAAUUCAGUCUUUCGAGAAAUGUCGAUAAGGUGGAGUGUGAUUUGUUUAAAGGGCAGUGGGUGAGGAACCGGAGGGGGCCUUAUUACACGAAUGAGACCUGCGGUGCCAUUCAGGAGCAUCAGAAUUGUAUAAAGAAUGGGAGGCCAGAUAUAGGGUUUACCAAGUGGAGGUGGCAGCCUGAUGGAUGUGAAUUGGAAGUGUUUGAUCCGGUGAUCUUCUUGAGCUUAAUGAGAGGCAAGUCUCUUGCUUUUGUCGGAGACUCUAUUGCUAGAAAUCAUGUGCAGUCAUUGAUAUGUCUCUUGUCUAAGGUAACACAUCCAAUAGAAACUUCCCACAAUAAAGAAGACCAGGAUUCCAGAAGAUGGGAGUACAAAGAUUACAACUUUAAUAUCUCCAUUUUUUGGUCACCCUACUUGGUCCGGACACAAAAAACAGAUCCUAAGGACGUGACUCGCCCCUUCAAUCUUUACCUGGACGAAUUUGACAAGUCAUGGACAAGCCAAAUAAAACAAUUCGACUACGUGAUCAUUUCUGCAGCCCAAUGGUUCUUCCGUCCCAGCAUGUACUACGUUAAACGCCGCCUCAUCGGAUGCCUCUACUGCCCCCAGAACAUCACUCAGUACCCGGCUGAGUUCGGCUACCAGUUUGCAUUUCGCACAGCCUUCAGAGCCAUAAACACAGUGAAAAAAUACAAGGGUGUCACUUUUCUGAGAACAUAUGCACCUUCACAUUUCGAAAAUGGUAAAUGGGACAAGGGUGGAAACUGUCCAAGAAAAAGGCCUUACAGGAGAAAUAAAAUGGCCUUGGAUGAUUACAAUUUGAAAAUAAAUAACAUUCAGCUAAGAGAAUUUGAAACUGCAGAAAAAACAGGGAGAAGAAAAGGAUUGAGGUUUAGACUGUUGAACGUGACGCAUGUUAUGCUGAUGAGACCAGAUGGGCACCCAAAUAAGUAUGGACAUGGGCCUGGGGAGAAAGAAGGCUUGGUUAAUGAUUGUGUGCAUUGGUGCCUUCCUGGCCCAAUUGAUGCUUGGAAUGAUUUUUUACUUGAGAUGGUGAAGAGGGAAAGUCACGUAGCUAGAAGUAGUCGUCGUUUUACUUUGCAUUAACUUCAGUCUGUAUAAUUUAAGGGUAUAAAGUUUUAGUAUGAAGAAAUUUGUAUUUUGUGUGGCCAACAAUAUGCGGUCAUCGGUUCUGUUUAAGCACAAAUGCACAAUCGUCUACUGCAUCAGGUUCAAGUUUUAAUUUAUUAGAGCAAGCAAAUGCCAAGUACCCUAAAAAAUUUCUCAUAAAAGUUUCCUAAAUUUCAU